AUGGAGAAAAAAUUAUUAGAAAUGAAAUCUGAUUCACAUUUUCUUUAUCCUUUAAAUAUUAAUAUUGCACGUUCUUUGAUCGAAUUCCCAGCAACCACAAAUAGAAACACAUCGAUACACUCUUUGACCGAAUCAUUCAAACCGUCACUAAAUGAAUUUCCAAACGAAAUAUUAUCACUAAUUAUCCGUUUUUUAAGUGACAUUAAUACGCCACAGCAACUAUGGUCAUUACGUCGAGUUAAUCGUCGGUGGAGAUACAACAUUCAUCAAGUCAUCUACGAAAAUGUUAAAUAUCGAUUCUCGCAUUUACCAAACACUCUUCAACUCUUUAUCUGUCAAAUAAACGCACGUGCUAUAACAUAUUCGGAUCCGAUUCGUGUUCAUGUGACAGGAUUGAAUGAAGAGACUGGUGAGAUAGUGCUCAAUUGUCAACGUCAUCGACAUUCCUUACGUAUUAGCAAAAAAACCAAACUCUUCUUAGUGGUAAGAAAAAAAAAUUAUAUGAAUAACAACGGCAAUAAUAAAAACAGUAAUGAUGACGUCGACAAAAAUCACGGUAUCAACUCGUCUGCGGGAGAAAAUGUAAAGUUUCGAACUGAGCAACGUAAAGAAGUGCUACGCGAUGGCAAACAUUCGAUACUUGUAGAAAAUUCCUUCAAGAUUGAAUAUGAACUUGUGCGAAACGGUGACGCAAUAAGGACAAAAGAUUUCGUUGAGAAGUGUCUUUCGGUUUUAUCGUUUGUUGUGUCACCGAUGUUGGUUUUGGAAACGCUAAAGUAA